GUGAACCACAGUCCCCAAUGAAAUCACUUCUUACAGCAAUUAGGAGUCCAUUUGUUGCAGUAUUAACUGCCUCCGGCAAACUCAACAAACCAGGUCCUGACUGCUGGUAAUGACAGAUUUCUUAGGGAGUAUUACUUAAUUAACAAUAAUUUGAAAGGGCAGCUCAGCUGAGAUACUACAUUCACUCACUAGAAGCACAAGCAGUAGUAAAUGAAAAGGACUUGCAAUCUGUUAGCUUUCCCCUUGUCUUCUGUUUCUGAAAUAUCAUGCAGCUGCUAAGUAUUUGCCGUGAGAUAUUUUCAGCUCUCCAUAAUGCCAGCAUGUCCAAGGAAGUUUAGCUCUCGCUAGGUAUUCUGGGCACAAACUGUCCAUUGCACAAGGCCAUAUGAGGUCCCCUGAAGUCUGAUUUUGUUAAGAUACCCUCCAGGAUCUCAACUACUCAGAGACACCGUGCCUUAUUUUCUCUCUCUUCUUUUGAAAGGGGUGGGGGAGAGAGGAGGAGGGCAUCUGCUAUCCCCUCUCCCUUGUCUAUGGCUCCAGCCUCCUCACCCUCCCACCCAUGCGUCAUUUGUGCCUAAUCAUCUCAACAUAAUUGUCUCCUGUUGUUUUCCCUGCCUUCCCAAGAAGCUUUAGGUUGCAUCAGCAUCUUCUUGGUAGCUGGCUAUGUAUACCUUCUCCUCGGGCCAGUGGACUCUUUCAGAUCCCUGGGCUCUGACAGACUGAGGGCAAGGAAAGCCUUUGCCUCCAGCAGCCCUGAUUGAGUUGUAAUACUGUCCUUUUCCCUCAAAGUCACAAGACUGAAAUGGACCCAUGGGAGCUUAUUUUUUUCUUCCCCAGAGCUGAUUUUCUUUUCUUUUCUUUUUUUAAGGGGACCGCAAAGCUAAGAAUAUACUACAUAAGUUGUUGCUGAAAUACUGCAGCAACUAUCAGUAUGAACUGAACUCUUGAAACAAAGUUCAGAGAAAAGCAAAAAUAGUAUUCUCUCUGGAAGAAGGGGCAAGGAAAUCAUCUUUCAAGUGGUCAGACCGCAAGCAGGAUCUUGUUUGAAAGAAGUAAGGGCCCAAUACACUGAUAAUUUUCGUCUCAAGAAGUCGCUGAACUCUAGUGGUUUUUCUUUUGUUUUAUCUUUUGACACCCUGGCCAACCCAUGUGGACCUCUGGUAGAAUGAGCAAAGCAAAGAGUUGGCUUGGACUUGGCAUGUCCUUGUAUUUUUGUGGGUUAAUGGACCUUACAACCACGGUGCUGUCUGUUACUCCCAUGCCCCUCAAAGAACUGGAAGUACAUCUGUCGGACAAGCCACAUUUGCCCCAUCGAAUGAAAAGAAGUUGGGUUUGGAAUCAAUUCUUUGUUCUGGAAGAAUACACUGGAACUGACCCUUUGUAUGUUGGCAAGCUUCAUUCAGAUAUGGACAGGGGAGAUGGUUCUAUCAAAUACAUUCUAUCAGGAGAAGGAGCUGGGAUUGUGUUCACAAUUGAUGAUACCACUGGAGACAUCCAUGCAAUUCAGAGACUGGAUCGAGAAGAAAGGGCCCAGUACACAUUAAGGGCACAAGCCCUGGACAGGCGGACAGGCAGGCCUAUGGAGCCUGAGUCAGAAUUCAUUAUUAAAAUCCAAGACAUCAAUGAUAAUGAGCCUAAAUUUCUGGAUGGACCUUACAUAGCUACCGUGCCAGAAAUGUCCCCCGUAGGCACAUCAGUUAUCCAGGUGACCGCAACUGAUGCUGAUGACCCAACGUAUGGGAACAGUGCCAGGGUGGUAUACAGCAUUCUUCAGGGCCAACCAUAUUUUUCUGUGGACUCUAAAACAGGUGUAAUUAGGACAGCACUUAUGAACAUGGACAGAGAAGCAAAAGAAUACUAUGAAGUGAUUAUACAAGCCAAGGAUAUGGGAGGACAGCUUGGGGGAUUAGCUGGAACAACCACAGUCAACAUUACCCUUUCCGAUGUCAAUGAUAAUCCACCCCGAUUUCCACAGAAACACUACCAGAUGAGUGUGUUGGAAUCAGCUCCAGUUAGUUCUACAGUGGGACGUGUAUUUGCCAAAGAUCUAGAUGAAGGAAUCAAUGCAGAAAUGAAGUACACCAUAGUAGAUGGAGAUGGCCUGGACACCUUUGACAUCAAUACAGAUCCAAGUUUCCAAGUUGGCAUCAUAACAGUUAGGAAGCCACUGAGUUUUGAAAGCAAGAAAAGCUACACUUUAAAAGUAGAGGGGGCCAAUGCCCACCUGGAAGUUCGUUUUCUGAACCUGGGCCCUUUCCAAGAUACAACCACAGUACACAUCAGCGUGGAAGACGUAGAUGAACCACCUGUAUUUGAUCCUGGCUUUUAUUUUGUGGAGGUGCCUGAAGAUGUGGAGAUUGGAACCACCAUACAGAUCAUUUCUGCCAAGGACCCAGAUGUGACCAACAACUCAAUCAGAUACUCAAUUGACAGAAGCAGUGACCCUGGGAGAUUCUUUUAUGUUGACAUCACAACAGGAGCUCUUAUGACUGCAAGACCUCUUGACCGAGAAGAGAUUUCAUGGCAUAAUAUCACUGUCCUGGCUAUGGAAAUGAACAACCCGUCACAAAUUGGAAGUGUUUCUGUCACAGUGAAGGUCUUGGAUGUGAAUGACAAUGCUCCUGAGUUCCCCCGAUUCUAUGAAGCCUUUGUAUGUGAAAAUGCCAAAGCAGGGCAGCUGAUUCAGACCGUGAGCGCAAUAGACCAGGAUGACCCACAAGAUGGUCAGCACUUCUACUACAGCUUGGCUCCUGAGGCAGCUAACAACCCCAACUUCACUCUAAGGGACAAUCAAGACAAUACUGCCCGGAUUCUUACCAGGAGAUCUGGCUUUAGACAGCAGGAGCAGAAUGUCUUUUACCUUCCAAUCCUGAUUGCAGACAAUGGAAGGCCCAUGCUGAGUAGCACGGGCACACUGACAGUCCAGGUGUGUAGCUGUGAUGAUGAGGGUGAUGUGAUGUCCUGCAGCGCUGAAGCCUACAUGCUCCCAGUCAGCCUGAGCAGGGGGGCCCUCAUCGCCAUCCUUGCCUGCAUUUUUGUUCUCCUAGUGUUGGUGCUGCUCAUCUUAUCCAUGAGGCGACACAGGAAACAGCCCUACAUCAUUGAUGAUGAAGAGAACAUACAUGAGAACAUUGUCCGCUAUGAUGACGAAGGAGGCGGGGAGGAGGACACAGAGGCCUUUGACAUAGCAGCCAUGUGGAAUCCACGGGAAGCACAGACAGGAGCAGCGGCAAAGACAAGACAGGACAUGCUGCCUGAGAUUGAGAGCCUGUCUCGAUAUGUUCCUCAGACAUGCACCAUGGACAGCAACGUCCACAGCUACGUGCUAGCCAAGCUCUAUGAAGCUGACAUGGAUCUGUGGGCCCCUCCCUUUGACUCCCUCCAGACGUACAUGUUUGAGGGGGAUGGCUCCGUGGCCGGGUCCUUGAGCUCAUUACAGUCAGUCACUUCGGACUCAGACCAGAGCUAUGAUUUCCUGACAGACUGGGGACCACGUUUCCGAAAGCUGGCAGAAAUUUAUGGAUUUUGCUGGCUCACCAAACCACAGAAAUCAACCCACACAAAAGAAAACAAGAAACUGAGAUCUCAGUAUUUUUGUGUGAAAUGA